AUGGAAGCGCGAGCCGCCCAGGAAUCGGCUGCGCAAGUCAAGGAUGCUUCACCUCCUCCUGUAGCACCGUCAGCCCCUGCAUUUGGCUCCGUGCCAAACCGGAUUCCGAGCACCGGCGAUGCGCAGCCUCUUCCCAGCGUCGCAUCGAACAAGCCGCCUCCUACUGCUCCGCGGGCCUUUGGAGACCGUCCUGUUUCUGCAGGCCAGGGCUCCGGCAUUGCUCCCGAAACGCCCCAGCCGCCUACUGGGCCCUCAAAGGUCAUGCCGCACGAUAGCCCGCCUAUUCCCUUGGGUCCCCGACUGCAACAGCCCAAACCUCCACGCCCGUCUAGCAAGCAAUGGAUCAAUCCGAGUUUGAAGAAACCGCCGCCGGAGUCGCCCAAGGUCAUGAGGUCGCAAAGCUUUGCCCAGCCACGACCUCUUCCGCUUCAAAGAGGCGCUUCGCAAGUCGAGCCGUCUGACUCGAGGCGACCGCGUAGUAGCGACGCAAAGUCAGAUCCCUACUUGGGGUCGGAAAACAGGAUGCGAGCCCAUCACAGCGAGGAGCCAGGCGAAAUUACUGCAAGCUCUGAGGUCGAAAGGCCACUGGGAAAGGAAGCGGUCGAUUACAGGCGGCCAGAUUUAAUGGAUCAUGACGCUGGCACCUCAGAUCGCCCACAACCCCCUGCUGAGCUACCUUCUACCUCUCCGAAGCUAGACUUACAACCCAAGCCGCAGGAAAACAAACAAAGCGAGGAAACUCAACGUCCUACCGAGGCAGCAGAUGCGAAACAGAAGAACAAGCUUUUCAAAUCGCGUGCCGUUCGAUUUGCUAUACCUCCAAAAACCGUCGCACAAGAAGAGACUCCCGAAUCCGACGACGAAGAUAUGGGCGAUUAUUUCGACAUGGAAAUCAACAAGACGGAAGCUGAACUGAGCAAACUGCAAAAGCCAAAGAUGCCUGUAGAAGUAAUACGCAGGUACAUGACUCAAUCGCACGGGUCAAUGGUACAGAUAUUGAAUGAGGGAGAGGAGCUUUCAGGGAUGCUCGGCUCUACCCCAGAAGUUCCGGAGCCUGUGGCCGAUAUGAUGGAAGUGGAGCCCACUGAACAACACGAGGAGCCGACAGUUGCACGCGAUGAACCUCUCGAAUCGCAAGAGGUCAAGGAGGCCACUCCUGUGACUGAGGCGGCCACGGAACAGCUCGUUCCAGUAUCUGCCGAGGCAGAGGAGAAGGAGAAGAAGGAGAAGAAAGAGGACGAAAAGAAAGCAAGUCUCGAACCAUCUCUUCCAGAAGAGCGGGAAGACCGUCAACCAAAGGCCGAGGAAAUGGACAUUGAUGAAGGGCCUACGCUUCCACCUCCUGAGCCCGUUCAAGAACCGGAGCCGAUGGUCGAGACCGUGACCAACGACUUGCCUGAGGACAAAGACGCCGUGCCCAUUCCAGAGACCUUACCAACCAUUGAUGAGGCUGCUCGCUCCCCGAGACCGGUCGAAGUGGAGCCUAAACUGCCAAGCACUCCAUCUCAAGUAGCAGACGAGGAUGAUGAGACCGAAACAGAGGAUGAGGCUUUUAUGGAGGCCCAGGCCGCGGUAGCUGUUGACACAGUUCGUCGUUACAUGGCGACGCCGCCUGUGGAUAGCCUUCCCGGCGGAGAUGGUAAUCAGCCGCUCUGGUACCAAGAUAAAGAGUUUCUCACAACGCUCGAAUCGGAUCCCAACGUUGACGACUUUGUUACCAUGUUCCUUGAAAAGGUCCACCUUACGAGGUCGACCGAACAGCGCCGCGCGCAGAACACUUAUGCCGCCAAUUACAUGCAGUAUCUACGGUUUACCAUGUCAGACGACCCCGCGGCAACGAAGAGCAGGGACAAGUUCUCCGUCUCGGCUCCCUCAGAGACUGCAGGUACCCCGACGCCCGAGCAGAAACCGGAAGGUAGGGGAACUGGAAGGAGAUUCGCCACAGAGCGUGACCUCGAACGCGUGCUUCAGGCGUCCAUGCGUGAAGAUGAGGAGAGAAAGGAGCGAGAGCUUCGAAUCCAGCAGGAAAAAUAUCGCAGCGACAAGGAAGCCGUUAUUCCGGAUAUGUACUGGGACGACCUGGAGAAGCAGCGAGUUCAGUAUGUGGAUCGGUCGGGAUUCACUCCCCCAGAGAGGCUUGUUUCCGCAUGGCAGGUAUUCCGGCCCGUCAACAACUUUACAGAAGAAGAAGCGCAGCUCUUUGAGAAACGAUACCUGGAGGUUCCUAAGCAAUGGGGCAAGAUUGCGGAAGCUCUUCCGCAUCGUGACUUCCGUGCUUGCAUCCAGUAUUACUACCUGAUGAAGGGAGAACUUAACCUCAAGGAGAAGCUCAAGAAACAGCCAAAGAGGCGCAAGAAGGGUGGCCGAGGCAAACAGAGAUCCAGCGCCUUGGUGUCGGAGCUCGGCAACGGCGAGCCGGAAGGCGAGGAGGCGCCCCAGGAGAGCGGAGAGAACGGGGAGAGGCGGAGGCCACGGCGGGCUGCUGCUCCCACUUGGGGCUUCGAACAACCCGCUACGGAUGGGGAGAGCACCCCUGCUGCUACUCCUGGGCGUCGCGGAGCAUCUGCUGCGUCCAAGGGCGAUCAGCCCGAAAAGGUGGAUGGGAGAAAGGGAAGACGAAAGGCCAGGGACAAGGACAAAGACAAGGACAAGGACAAGGACAAGGUACAGGAAAAAGACAAGGAAGCCAAGGCAUCCAAGCCGAACCAGGCCCUUGCCGCUGCGCCUGGUCCCGCUGCCGGGAAAGGAAGAGGCCGGGCCGAAUCUCGCCCGGUGCCUGCGGAAUUUCUCACGGCGCCUCCUCUGCAAUCCGACCCUCAUCGUUUGCCAGUUCCGUUCGAGCAGCCCUUGCAGCCGGGUAUCCAAGCCCCGUUUGCCGUGCCGCAGCCACCGCUCAUCGAGAGGCCAAAGCCCGUAGCCGUAGCUGGAUCCAUUACGGAGGUAAUGGCGGCACCCUCACUUCGACCUGAACCACCCCCGCCUCCUCCAUCGUCUAUAACCACCUUUAACUUGACACAGCAGAGUUCCGAACGGAAGCCAUCGUCCCAGGCAUCGAGCUACUGGAGUGUGUCGGAAGCCAAUGAUUUCCCCCAACUCCUGAGAGCUUUUGGUUCUGACUGGUCGGCGAUUGCGAAACACAUGGGCUCAAAGACUACGGUCAUGGUCAAGAAUUACUAUGUCCGGCAGAAGGACUCUGGGAAACCAGAAUGGGAGGCAAUUGCUCAAGAGGCUGAUGCAAAGCGAGCUAGGGGAGAGAAGAGACCUGAUCCUCCCGUACCUACUACUGGCGGCCGGGGCAGGAGGUUCGAAGGAGCUGCAGCUGGAACUUCAAGGCCCCUUGCGGUGGCUCCAGGAGCUGCAGACCCUCAUGGCGAUCUUCCUCAGCCAAAGGUUGAGCCCGCGCCUCCACAGCCCUUGAGGCAACAGCAGCAUCUGUCGAGCUACGGAGUACCGAUUGCGCAGGCUCCAGCCCAAACUCCCCUAGCACAGCCAAGCCAAGCUCCUCUUGCUGUACCAACUCACGCAGUGCCCCAAGCGACGCAGCAAGCCAUAUCUCCCAAUGCGCGCUCCAUGCAUCAAGGACUACCGCCCUUUGGCUUCCCAGAACGCGAUCGCGAGUCUGUUCAACCCCAGCGGGUGCCGCUGCCGCAGAAGGCGCCUGCCAGCCAAGUUCCAGAGCUCCGAGAUCCGCGGCCAUUGUCUGUGGCCCAGCCAUUGCAGCCAGCGCAUGCCGAGGCCCUCGCUGAGCGCGAGCGCUCUGUUCAGCUUGAGCGGAUGAAUAUGGAGAAGAGAUACAGGGAGCAACAGCAUAGGGAGCAGCAGCACAGAGAGCAACAGCACAGGGAACAACAACACCGGGAACAGCAGCUCAGGGAACAACAGCAUAGAGAGCAGCAACAUCGGGAGCAACAGCACAGAGAGCAGCAGCAUAGAGAGCAGCAGCAGCUCAUGCGAGAAAGGGAAAUCGAAAUCGAGAGGGAGCGCGAGCGCGAGAGGGAGAGGGAGAGGGAAAGGGAGAUCCGGCAAGCAGAGUCGAUGAGGAUGAAGCAAGAGGUCGAGGCACCACUUCACCGCUACGAGCCCUAUGGCCAUCGACAGCAGCUCAGCCAUGGCGGAGGUCCUCGAGAACCAUUCACCUUGGCAAGGCCGCCCCAGGAGUCCUCCCGCGGCGUCCCCCCUCAGCCGUAUCCUACAACGGUCUCCCAACCACAACCUCAACAACCACAGCCGAUGCGUACACUGCUCUCGGAGCCCGUGGCGGUACACUCACCACCCCUGGCGCCCCCGUCCUCUAGAUCAGCCCAGACUCCUCAGCAAAGGAUGCCCCCAGGCCCUUCGCAUGAGCCUUACGGCGCAGCUGCACAAGCUCAGCAUACCCCUUCGAUGCCUCCACUUACGCCUGCACGACCGCCCGAGCCCCGGAAGUCAAACAUCAUGGCGCUCCUGAACGAUGACCCUCCGCCGCCUAAGAGGGUCGCCGAGGUUACGCAAACUCACGCGCCCGGGCCGUCCCCGACGCCGCCUUCUCAAGGCAUCGGCCGGCCGCCGCCACCCCCGGCUGCGUCUGCACAAGCCGCCCCGAUCCGCCGGGAAACAGAUGCGCACUACUCGCCCUACGGACGAACGCCGUCCAGCGGACCAUCAGCCAUGCCUUCUCUCAAGCCUCCUUAUUCCUCGUCGCCAGCUCCCCCGCAACACAUCAGCGGACACCGAAGCAUGCCGUCCGAUCCGGCGGUGGAGGUUGAGUAUUACAGACAGCACGCCUAUCCGCCCAGCCAUCCCGCCAGCGGAACCAACUCUCCUCAAACAUCACAGCGGUACCCUCCGCCUGCGCAAUCGAGCCAACCCCCGUAUCAAUCUCAAACCGGCUACCCCACGUCGUACGGGGGAGGUUCCCAGCCAGCACACAUCACGUCGCCGCCACCACAGCAAUAUGCGACACACUCAUCGUCUAGGAGCCGUGAGAUCCCGCCCAGCAGCCGCGAUAACGUCUGGCCAUCGUCGGGUCACCAAGCACAGACGUCCGACAUCCGAUCGCAAGGCAAUAGCUGGACGCCUCAGCCGUCCAAGGCCGCUCAGGCUCCUCCCCCGCACGCACAGCCAGCUUGGGGGUCACAGCACCCUUCGACAAAACCUGGGACCCCAGCACAGGCAUGGCCAUCAGCGGCACCCCCACCCCAACAGCAUAUGUCCUUGAGAGAUGAGCGAGGGCCACCCUCAAUAUACGGACAAUCACAGCAGCACUCGUUGCAAUCUCGGUACCAGUCGACGACACGGGGACCCGAGCCUUUGUCUUCGUCGUCUCAGCCGUACCCGCGCUACGCGUCGACUCCUGGCCCACGAGACCCGCGAGAUCCAAGGGACCCAAGAGAUCCACGAGAGCCGUCGAGCCGGAGCUAUACGCCGAGUGUCUAUGACAGUCGGCCGCCGCCACCUACUCAGGCACAAGUACACGGUUAUCCAGCACCAGACCCGAGAGAGAUGCAGCUACGAGAUGCGCGAGACCAAAGGGACCCAAGAGACCCUAGGGAUAUGCGGGAUCCUAGGGAUCCUAGGGACCCGAGAGACCCGAGAGAUCCAAGGGACCCGCGCGACAUUAUGAACCGCGGUAACCUUCGACCUCACGAAGCGUAUAUGAUUGAGGUCUCACUGCGGAAUUCUUUCGAAAUCAAGUGUGAAAAUGCUGGCGUUGAUUGGCAGGGCAUGUUGGAGCUACAGUAUGUACAGUGCCCCGUAUCGAUAACCAACGAACUCGGCGCGCGUCACCCCGAAACCCUCCAAAACUACCAACUUGCACCACCUUUUCCCAAGAACCCAGCCCUACCUAUCUCUCUUAUCCCCUCUGGACACAGGCAGAAAAGCAUCAAGGGCAAUCGACUCUUGACAGCCAUCAAAGGGGGGCAGCCGGGGCGUCAAGCAAUGGACACCCGCGCCAGCGGCAGCGGCAGUGGCACCGCAAGCAGCAGGGCCUACUUUGAACAGCAGCGCGAGGCCCUCAUCGGGGACAUUGCCGAGAGCUUCGAACAUGUCCUCGCAAACAUCAACAAACUGAACCGUUCCCUCGAAGCCGUCAUCGCCAAAGAAGAAAGAAAGGCUAAUGGUUGGGAUUCGGGGUUCCAGGUCGGCAACGAAUUCUCCUCCGUCGAAGCCCUCUGGUCGCAAUUCGAAAACGUAAUGGCCAAGGACGACGAACAAGAUGCCAACAAGGCCGCUUCGUCUGCAUCAUCACAACAACAGCAGCAGCAUGAUGAUUCGCAACAGGGCGAAGAUACUACGCGACACGAAUGA